AUGGACGAAGGUUAUAUGUGGAAACUUUCAUCAGGGAGAAUAGUUGAAAAAGAGUUGCUUAAACUCGGAAAUGAUUUGGUGUUUGAACAUGCCAUUCAUUCCUUUAUCCUUGAUGUUGAAGAUGAGUUAAUUAUGGAACAUUUCACUGAGAAAGAACUCGAGGAGAUAGAAGGCACAACUAUCCCGGUGGUACCCGAUAUUUCGGACGAAAUUGACAAUUUUUUGAGUAAAUUCCUCGGCAAGACAAACUUAAACGAAAUCCGACAGAUAAUAAAAGAAUCAAAGUUCGGGGAAAGUACGAGUGUGCCGAUGGCAACACGUAAGAAUAAAAAAGUCAAAAGGAAACCAGGUGAACGUCGGAAAAUUGGACGUAGAGGGGAUUGGACACUUAGAGCCGUAGGCAACGGUAACAAAGAUGAGUUUGGGGCGGGAGAGAGGAUAAAUUGGGACAAAGAUGCGCGCAAAAAUAUCCAGACCAUCGGAAUUAUACACGAAGGUCUUAUGAUGUCAUUGGUAUAUGCCGACAAUCCGAAAGGAUACGUCUGCAGAUUUCGUCGUAGCAACCAUAUGGAAGUACCAGAUACGGCGGAAAAAUUUGAUUCAAUCUUGUCAAUAUUGGCAUCUGUCCUGAUUGCAAAGGGUACCGAAAGCGACCUCGAGAGGAAGAUCACCAUCAGAUGCCUGCAUGCUUAUCAACUCCGAUGA